GCCUCAUACGUUUCGGGAGGAAGCGACGGCGGCUGCAGGGGCUCAAAAGUAACUGAUGAAUCUGGCCUGGCAACCGUUCCCAGGCAUUGUUUUCUGUGCUGUUCCUUGCCCUCCGGUCUGAUUCACUGCCGCCGAGACCACAAAGCGUGACAGACAAAGCAAAGCGGCCCCGUACGCCGUGGCAGUUUCAGAGCUUGGUGAUAUCUAAUGGCGGAGCAACUUUCUCCAGGGAAUUCGACCGGUCAGGUGUGUACUUUCCUCUACAAAAAGCCUAGGCAGAAAGGAGCAGUUGCGGGCCGCCGAAAGCGACAGCUCUGUGAUGCGGGGUCGGGGGACAGCGGCAGCAGCAGUGACGAAGGCAGCGCUGUGGUCUGCCCGGAGAAGAAGCAGGCGACCCACAAUGCGUUGAUUCAAAAGAUGUGUGGCAGCGGUAAACAGAAGGCGAACUAAGGUGGCUUGGAAGGUCACAGCAUGGUCUACAAGUCUACCCAUUGGGCAAAACCCGUGGGACCCAAGAAUAUGGGUGUGACCGCUGUCUAGGAACUGGAUGAGAAGGAGCGAGAUGCACAGUCCAUCUUUGAACGGAGCCAGAGGGAGGAGCUGAGGGGCAAAGAAGACAACAAGAUCUAUCGGGGAAUCAAUAAUUAUCAGAAAUACGUGAAGCCCAAGGAUACAUCCAUGGGCAAUGCCUCCUGCGGGAUGGUGAAGAAGGGCUCCGAGCAUCUACAUGCUACUGUGCAGUGGGACAUCUGUAAGGACUACCAGGAGACUGGAUUCUGCGGUUUCGGGGACAGCUGCAAAUUCCUUCAUGACCGUUCAGAUUACGAGCACUGGUUGCAGGUCGAAUGUGAGCUUGUUGAGGGUCGCUACGGUGUCUAUGAGGAUGAAAACUACGAAGUGGAAAGUGAUGAUGAGGAAAUACCAUUCAAGUGGAUGUGCAUCUGUCGCCAGACCUUCCAAAACCCAGUAGUCACCAAGUGUAGGCAUAAUUUUUGUGAGAGCUGUGCAUUGCAGCAUUUCUAUACCACCUUGCACUGUCUCUCUAACCAGCAGACCAAUGGUGUCUUCAGUCCAGUGAAAGAAUUGAUUGUUAAACUGGGAAAGCAUAGAGCUGAAGUGGAGGGUGGUGCUUCUGAUUUCUUAGAAGACCCCAAGGAGAGUCCAGUUUCCAUUAUUUAGAUUUUUCAUAAUUCUCAGUCUCAAAAUAAAUAUUUUAUUGUUUCUUAAAA